AUGCACACAACUCUCAUCAGCAACCCGGUGCGUAGCGCUGUGCUUUGCACUCGCCUGCCUUCCGCAACGCUAAACCCAAUCGCCUUCCAAUCCUCUUCCUCCCUCCAUCAAGUCGUCUCGCUCAAGUCCCAAGCACGCCCAUCAAGCACCUCCACAGUACGAUUCCCCAAGGCUACUCCUUCGCUUCAGAUUGUGUCCUCUCGACCCCAAGCGCCAACUGCAACAUGCAUGAGCCAAACGCCAUCGGUCCGCUCCAACUUCUCCACGGCCGCCCGUGAAGAAGCCGCCAAGCUCGACUGGAACUCGUUCUUCAAACUUCGUGCCUCUCGUCGGCGAUAUACCCUAGGGUCCUCGAUUGCGAGCUCAGCGGCUACCACCGUGACCGGUCUGCAGAUACUUUCGAGUCAGAACCUGGAGAACCUCGGUGCGCAAGUCAUGGGCUUGGAUCCAUUUGUUGUUCUGGGUAUGGCGACCGCGGCCUGCGGUGCUGCCGGAUGGCUUGUCGGGCCAUUCUUGGGAAAUGCCAUCUGGGGGGUUGUUAACCGGAAGUACAAGACGGCAGUUAAUGUGAAAGAGAAAGAGUUCUUCGACAGGAUCCGGAGGUACCGAGUCGACCCCUCCUCUAAUUCGAUUGCGAACCCUGUGCCCGAUUACUACGGCGAGAAGAUUGGCAGUGUCCAAGGAUACCGGCAAUGGCUCAAGGACCAGCGUGCUUAUAACCGCAAGAGACGCAACUUUAUUGCCUAG